AUGAAAAGUAAAGAUGUGCAAACAGCUGUAAAAAAUAAACAUGAAAACGGUGAUGGACCAACAAAAAUUUAUCGUGAUUUAGGUGGAGUAGUUUCAUUGCGAACAAUCAAAUUAUGGAUUCAAAUGAUCAAUCGAACGGGAUCGAUCAAUUUAGCACAUUCACCCGGUCGUCCACGCACAGCUCGAACGAAAAAGAAUAUCUUAAAGGCUAAACGUCGUCUAGUACAGAAGAAACGGGUGUCAUCAAGCUUAUUAGCUUCUAAACUGCGUAUUUCAAGAACAAGUGCACGACGAAUAUUACGUGAAGACCUUGGGUGUUUUCCAUAUAAAAAAAUUAAACAACCAAAAUUGACUGAUCUUCAAAAAAGAAAAAGGGUUAAAUUUGCCAAUUGGGUGUUAAACAACUAUACAAAAGAAGACACCAAAAAAUGGCUUUUUACUGAUGAAAAAUAUUUUGACUUAGAUGGUGUAUACAAUGUUCAGAACGACCGCAUAUGGGCGGUCAGUAGGGAAGAAGCAGAUAAACAAGGUGGUAUAUAUCAAAAAACAAAAUUUCCAGUUAAGGUGAUGGUGUGGUUGGGCGUAUGUGCUGAAGGUCUGACGGUACCGGUGAUUAUGGAGAAUGGAACGAUGGAUGCAGAAAGAUACAUCAGUGAUGUUCUUCCAAUUGCUUUAAAAUAUGGUAACAAAAUGUUAGGAAACAAAUGGACUUAUCAGCAGGACGGAGCCAAACCUCAUACACAUCACUCAAGUCAAAAAUGGUGUGCUGAUCAUUUUCCUGAUUUUAUUUCGAAGGAUCGUUGGCCACCGAAUUCGCCUGAUUUAUGUCCGUUAGAUUACAGUUUAUGGAAUGAAUUAGCUGAAUCUAUGGAUUGGAAGAACAUAACAACAAAAGCAACAUUAAUAGACGAAAUAAAACGUUCUGUCAAAAAAAUUAAAAAAGAAAAAAUUUUACAUUCUGUACUUGAUUUUACUGUACGAUUACGUUUAAUCCAAAAGAAUGGAGGAAACUAUAUUCGAUAA